AUGGCAACUCAAGGAUCUCCUCAGGGGCCUCCGGGCAACCCUUUCAAUAUCCGGCCAGGACAACAGCCUACUCCAGACCAAAUCGCCGCCAUGCAAAGACAGCUGGCCAUUGAUGCUCAGAAGAACGGAAUGACCGUCCCAGAAUUCGUUGCGAAACUGAAACAACAGCAGAUGGCCAUGCAACAAGCUCAAGCCCAGCAACAAGCUGUUCAGCAAGGAGGUCAGCCACAACAGCAAGGGCAACUGCAACAAGGUGCAGCACAACCUAUCACUCCAGGUCCCCCAAAGCCAGAGGCACUCGCAGUCGCACAGUUCUUGAAGAGCCAGGACCUGAAGCCUAGGACAUGUAUUCUGAAUGGACAACGGAAGGAUAUGUUCAAAGUUAAGCGUGCACUCCGAGCUCUUGAAUCGCCAGCAUACACCAAAGCCCGCAAGAAGAACCCCCUCCUCCCUGAGAUCACGGACCGUGCCUCCCUCGAAAACACCUUCAAGCUCCUCCCCCUCUCCCUCCUCGCUCUCCGAGUAUCCAAAAGCGAUCCCCAUGAGGGACACGACCACGCACCGGGGGCACACAAGACGAAGCGUGUAAAGGGCCUCUGGACAGUCAAGAUCGAGCAGCAGCAAGAAUGCCGAGAGGAGCUCCACUUCGUCUGGCUCUAUGAAGGUUCACAGAUCAAGCAAAAACUGUACGCAGCUGGUGCGCUGGCUGUCGUUUUUGCAAUCGUCAUGUUCCCUCUCUGGCCAAUGAAGAUGAGACUCGGAGUUUGGUAUCUAAGUAUGGGCAUGCUGGGCCUAAUCGGAUUAUUCUUCGCCAUGGCGAUAUUCAGACUUAUUCUGUUUGCAAUCACAAUGUUUGCGGUUCCGCCGGGAUUGUGGUUGUAUCCAAAUUUGUUCGAGGAUGUGGGAUUCUUUGAUAGUUUUAGACCCGUUUGGGGUUGGCAAGAGGAGAAGAAGAAAGGAAAGAAGAAGUCCACGAAGCAUGCUGGCUCUGCAAAUGCCGCUUCUACGAUGGCAGCAAUGACGGGCCAACCCGCUCCAGCAUCUGCAACAACCACAUCCACAGCACCUCAAAUUGCCACCUCGACGCCACAGCAAAGAAACUUGUCUCCCAGAGUUGAGGAGGUCUUUGACGAGGAUUAA